AUGAUCGACCUCGCCGUCAAGCCGCCCUUCUCGCUCGGUCAUGGCCGCCAGCCCUUCCACUUCCCCGGUCCUCUGCACUCGGCCGUGGCUGGCUCCCUCGCCAUGCCGUCCCAGACCAAACCCGCCGCUGUCGCUGCUAUCGACUCCCACGGCUCGCGUCAGCAGCAACCGCCGUCCCUGACCAGCCAGAUGCCCGCCGCCGUGCCCAAGCACGCCAAGGAGUCUUCCAUUGCCAUAUAUCUGCAGGUGCCGUCGUCGAUCAGUGAGAAUGGUGGCAGCCUGGCCGAUUUUGCUGCCCAGAUCACCUGUCUGUUCUGGUUUGCCAAAUCAUCGAAACUCAAGCAGAUCGAAGAGCGAGGACUGUCGUCACAGUUCAUUCCUCCGCUCGACCCGGAGUGCAUCCCCAGCAUCGGCUUCACAAAAUGGAUGACCACAAUCCUCUCCACCACGCAAGUCAGCCGCAACGUCGUCUUGCUGGCAUUGAUGUUCAUAUAUCGUUUGAAAAAGUUCAAUCAGUCCGUGAGGGGCAAACGGGGCAGUGAAUUUAGGCUCAUGACCAUUGCCUUGAUGAUGGGAAAUAAGUUUCUCGAUGAUAACACAUAUACCAAUAAGACAUGGGGCGAGGUAUCGGGCAUCCCAAUACAAGAAAUACACGUUAUGGAGGUCGAGUUUCUGAGCAACAUACGCUACAACCUCUUCGUCACCAAGAAGGAGUGGGAGAAAUGGCAUUCGACCCUUCGGAUCUUUGCGAACUAUUUUGCCCGUGCAUCUCGCAUGCCAUUGGACACCUCGACACAACAGCCCCAAAUCCCAAGCCUCCAGACCUCCCCGUCCUUCACAUCCAUGUCCGCAAGCCCAAUAGGAGUUGGUCGAGCCACACCGCCCACUUACCCUUCAACCCCAGUGACGCCAUUUGGUGGGUCGUCGGCUUCCUUCUCUCGCCACCUUCCAGCAGUCCAUCCACCAAUAUUGAACUCAACUCUGGCCAACGAGAGAAAACGCAGCUAUGACGAACAGGCGGACGAGCAUCCUCCCAAGAAAUAUGCUGGCCCUAGUACUUGGAGACAACCCGUUGCACACCCCCCUUACUCCGUGGCGACGUCCGAACCUGUCUCUGCCUCGUACAACACUUUGCCUGCUCUGUCAAUUCCCCCUAUACCUCAGCUGGUUCCUACAAUGCACGUACCUGUCUGUCUCCCAUCUACUCCGUCAUCCGCCGGCCUUCCCACGUCGAGCUCGUCCACCAGUUUUCCGUUGUCCAAUCAGCUGCCACUCCCAGUGUCCCGUGCCAUGCCGAAUACCUACACAUCUGCUCCUACUUGGGGACGACAAGGAAUCUCACCACCAGCCCUGGCACCCGUACUCAAUCCAGCACCUACAUCGGCCUUGCUGCCCGACCUUGCCAGACACUCCACUACGUAUCCAGCAAACACAUCGAUUAUCUCGCCUGCUCUCACAGCUUACUCGACACAAACUCCUACCCGUCUUUCUCCCACCGGAAUGCUCGAUAGAAACUCUCCCUAUCGGCCCGUCCGCCCUGUCAACACGCUUCUAUAUCCCAAUCCCUCUCCAUCCUUCCCGCAAGCACGACAAUUUCCCAUGAACAUGAUGUAUUACCAGCCGCUCGGCAAAUCUUUGGCGGAACGCCGAACCGGUGUUCUUCCCUACUAUCCGCAGCCGGAAGAGUGGCCAGAGAAUUCAUUGCCACCCUUUCCUCAGCUUCCGCCCCGAUGA